CUCCGCCUCCCCGAACACGAACGCGGCGCUGAAGUCCCCGCUCCUGUGGCCCCGCCGCCUGGGGCCCGGCACCCGGCACAGCUCCUGCGGGAACACCCGUGAGCCACGAGCCGGCCGGGCCGCGCCCGCCCGCGCCCCGAGCCCGCCCAGCCUCACCUCCUCAUCCGCGGAGUCGUCAGACUCGGGCUCCUCGGGCACCGCGUCCCCCUCGGCGAUGGUGCCCACCAGGCCCAGGCUCUCCAGCGUGGCCAUGGCCGUGCCCCGGAGCGCCGCGGGACACGCGUGCGCGGGGCCGGGCCGGGCUUGGGGCCGGGCUUGAGGGCCUGGGCCGGGCUUGGGGCCGGGCUUAGGGGCGGGAGGGCAGAGCCGGGAAGAGAGUAGGAGGGCAGAGCCGGGAAAGAAAAACGAAAGCGGCGGCGCUGGGCGCGGCCGUGAGUGGUGGGGGCCGGGCUGCCUUUCCCUUCUCCUUCUCUUCCCCUUUCCCUCCCCUUCCCGCGGGAGGGGCGCCGCGUCGGGGGCCGGUGACGAGCGGUACGGGGGGGAGGCUCUGCCCGGCGAGGCCGGGAGCGGGGCGGGACUUGCGGGGAACUGGAAAGUGAAACUUUGCGGGGAGCUGAGAAGGGAAGCUCCGCUGGGCUUGGGGGCGGCUCCCGGGCUGGUCGGGGAGCGCAGCGCAGCACAGCCCGUGUGCGGGGGGCAGGAGCGCCCCGGCCCCACUGCCUUGGGGCCAGAGAGCUGGAGCGGAGCCCCGAGCGGUCCCCGGGCCGGGCGAUGGAGGGUCCUGGGCAGGAGCCUUCCUCUCGGCGGCCCCGAGGUGGGGCGACAGGACGUGUAUUUGAUGGGAACACUGGCUUUAUAAUAAGAGGCGGAUACAGAACAAAUAAUGUAGCAGGCCAGGCAGCUCAGUUAGGGGAAAGCUCCCAAGACAGUAAUUAUAAUCCUCUACGUGGGCAAAGAGAGGAGAGAUUUGGUGGUUGGACUUCAAGGGUUCCUCAAUCAAACAAGGAUCCAAUCAAACUAAGAAUCCAAAGUGAACAGGCCAACAGUGAAGCCACAGGAUUCAGGACUAAACAGGAGAAUGAGGAAAGGAGAAAGAGAUAUCAACUUGGACAGGCACAUGAGAAGACCAGAGGACCCUGGAAUGAGCAAGAAAAUCAUGGCAGGGGAAGGAGGUAUCAAGACAGACAAGCACAUGAGAGGGCCAGGGGACCUUGGAAUGAGCACGAAAAUGAAGGCAGGGGAAAGAGGUAUCAAGGUGGACAAGCUCAGGAAGGAGCUAGAGGGCUGAGGAAUGCAUGGGAAAAUGAAGGUAGCAGAAGGAGGAUGCAACCUCGUGAGAAUCCUCAUCUCUCCCAGAAUGCUACCCCACGUGGUGCCCACCUCAGUGGGCAGCCUCGGCAAGCCAGAAGAAUUGGCUAUAAGUUCCUGGAAAGUCUCCUUGAGAAAGACCCCUCAGAAGUUGUCAUCACGCUUGCUUCCCAUUCGGGUUUGAAGGAACUUCUUUCCCAAACAGCUAUGAAACCCAGUUUCCUUCAGCUCAUUUGCCAGGUGCUUCGGAAAGCAUGCAGCUCCCGAAUGGAUAGACAGAGUAUCCAACAGCUUCUUGGAGUGGUGAAGGAGUCCGACUUUCUCAGGGUCUGUCUGCCACAGUAUGUGUCUGACAUGGUAACAGAAGUAGUUCCUGCUGUACGGCAAGAGUACCCUGUGCAUAUUAGCAACAUCAUUUCACUUCUUCAGGACCUGAUCAGUAUUUUCCCAGCCAGCUCUGUGCAGAAAGUCUCCAUUCUCUUGACAGUCUUGCCAGCAUCCAUAAACGCCCUGAGAGCUUCUGGUGUGGACAUCACAGAAGAGACAGAGAAGAACCUCAAUAAAGUCCAGAUGCUCAUGCAGCAUCUGCAGGAGAAGAAACGUGAAGGCACACUGAGGGCUGAUAACUGUACCUUUAUGCAGCCUCAGAUUGAUGGUCAAGAAGAAAACUAUCGUACCAUAGCCAUUUAUCCAACGCAUAAUGAGGUACACGGUAAAGAGAAACCCUUUCUACGUCCCAAUAUUGUUUCUGGAAGAUACGAGAGCACCAGCAUUUAUCUUGACACCCAUUUUCGGCUUUUGAGAGAAGACUUUGUAAGGCCUUUAAGGGAAGGUAUCCUGGAGCUUUUGCAGAGCUUUGAGGACAGAGGUUUGAGAAAGAAGAAAUUUGAUGAUAUCAGGAUCUAUUUUGACACACACAUUAUCGCCCCACGUUGUGCCUCGACUGGUAUUGUGUACAAGGUCCAGUUUGACAUAAAACCAUUGAAGUUUGUACAGUGGCAGAAUUCUAAACGAUUGCUAUAUGGAUCCCUGGUCUGCAUGUCCAAAGAUCGCUUUAAAACAUUCCUUUUUGCUGCUGUUUCUAACCGUGAUGCUGAACAACUUGCCAAUGGGAUUGUGGAGCUCUGUUUUGAUGCACAGAGCCAGGCACUGCUGGCAGAGAUUCAGCCCUCAGACUCCUUCCUCAUGGUAGAGACAACUGCCUACUUUGAGGCCUAUCGGCAUGUGUUAGAAGGGUUGCAGGAAAUGCAGGAAGAAGAUGUCCCAUUCCAGAAGUACAUUGUGGAAUGUGAUGCACAGGUGAAGAAACCAGCAUACCUGACAGCGGAUACUGUCUACAACUUGGCACCCUUGGUGGAGACAUCAGAUAAAGAGAUGUGCCCUCCUAGUUUGAAAAGUGUCCACAUUCUAGAUCCCAAGCAGUGGCUUUCAAUGGAAGCCUUGAGAUUAGAUGAGUCUCAGAUGCAGGCAUUGAAUCUUGCACUCACCAAGGAGCUGGCUAUUAUUCAAGGACCUCCUGGGACUGGGAAGACUUACGUGGGUUUGAAGAUUGUUCAGGCUCUUUUGACUAAUAAGUCUGUGUGGCAAAGAACCUUCCAGACGUGUCCCAUCCUUAUAGUCUGCUACACUAACCACGCACUGGAUCAGUUCCUAGAAGGAAUAUACUCAUUCCAAAGAAGCAGGAUAGUGCGUGUUGGGGGCAGGAGUAGCAGUGAGGUCCUGCAGCGAUUCACCUUGAAGGAGCUGAGGAAGGGCUGUGACUUCAGAUACGACUUGCCGGGGCACCUCCACAGAGCCCACGCGAAUAUAACCGAUGAGAUGGCAGCGGCUGAGGAGGAACUCCAAGAACAAGCAAAGCAGCUGGAAUGCACAACCUACGGAGUUCUGCAUGAGCGCUUCCUGGUGCGCUACAUUGAGCCCCAGCACUGGGACAGUCUGAUGAAGGGUCUGGAUGACAAGGAGUUUUACUACAGUGGUUCACAGCACUCAGUGAUUCUGGAGUGGCUGGGCCUUGGUGUAUCUGUCUUUACCCAGAAUGCUGAAGAGAAUAUAUGGGCUGAAAAUCCAGAUGGUCAGCAGGAGAGAGAGGAGGAGUGGGAAGGUGAAGCAGAAGAGGAGGAGCUUUUGAAGAUCCCGGAGAUGGCUGAUCUGAUUGAAGCUGAGAGAAUGAUUGAGGAUGAGAAGGCAGCAAAGCCUUGGAGGAGGAAGGAGGAGGAAGAUCACAGAGCUGUUCACAGACUAGCCAGUGUGAUGUUGGCUAUGAAGCUGGAGGACCAGGAAGAAGGAACACCUCAACCACUACAGGAGACCAUGCAGUGGGAGAUAACUGCUGGCCAGAGGAGGAAAAUUAAACAGAAGAUGAAGGCUGAGCUACGUAAGCAGAAUGCAAUGUCAGAAUCAGAGGCCAAGGCUAUUCAGGAUCUGUGGCAACUUGACCUGAACUCCCGCUGGAGGCUUUACAGGCUUUGGCUGCAGACUUACCAGCGUUACAUUCGACAGAGGAUGCUGCACUAUGAACUGCAGUAUCAGGCGGCAGCAGAAAGGCUGAAAGAACUGAAGCUUCAGGAAGAUCUCUGCAUUCUCAAGGACGCCAAAAUUGUGGGGAUGACAACUACAGGUGCUGCCAAAUACCGACAGAUCUUGCAAAAAGUAGAGCCACGAAUUGUCAUUGUAGAAGAGGCAGCAGAGGUGCUCGAGGCUCACACCAUUACUACUCUGAGUAAAGCUUGCCAGCACCUCAUCCUCAUUGGAGAUCACCAGCAG